GAUGCAGGUAAUGUAGGAUUCCACAAAUUGGAAGGGAGAGGAAAAUGAUGAAUCGUUGCGACAUGGUGUUUGAAGCAAGAAGAGGAGGGUGCAAGGAGCACCCACACGAUAAGCAAUCACCUGGUGUUUGUUCCGCUUGUUUGAGAGAAAAACUCUCGCAGUUGUACAGCACCAACCCUAUUAUUGACCCUCUUUGUUUUUCUCCACAAUCGCCUGCUUCUCCUCGUAAAUCUUUUUCUUCGAGUCGGAAUGGUGGCCACCGUAAACCACGGUUCCGGCGAAACGCUUCGCUGGUGGCGGCGGAAUCUGGUUCGAGCGUGCAGGGUUUGAACUUGAAGAAGAGCAAGUCGCUUGGGUUUGUUUCGAAGAGUAGAGGGAGAGAGAGGGAUGUGAGUGGAAGGAAGAAAGAUGGGUUUUGGUCAAAAGUGCUCAAACUCAAGAAAAGAGACACACGAGACUCCAUGGUCACUUCUAAGACCUGAAGACAAGGGAAACAGAUCGAAACUAUAUUGGUGGUGAUGAUCAUGGUUCUUGCUAAUUUUUACACCAUAUAUAGUUUAAUUAUUUUGAUUUUUUUUUUUUUGUAAAUUUACAAGUUUGAAACAUUUUCAUGGUUUUUUUGGUCAUUUCUAUUGAUCUAUUAUAGUUUAUAUUUUUAUUCUCAUUAAUCUCUUGUCUUCCUUGUCCAUUACAUGAGUUUAUUUCUAAUUUUAAUUGUAAUAUGGUAUAUGUUUUCAUAAUAAAAUAAAUAAAUGUAAGAAUAU